GUCUGUAAAUGGAUCAUUUUGCGAUCAAGAGCAAGAGAAAAUGGUCAAAACAUCUUUCGCGUUUUUAAUCUGUGUCUUAUCAUGUUUUCUUCUCACCAUUCAAUUGAUUGCAUUCAAAUUGCUAAUUAAACAGGCCAAAAUUGAAGAGCCAACAGCUUGGAAACUCCUCGAUCAAAUAACUGUAGCCGCACAGCAAUAUAAAAUUCCAUUAUUCGUUAUCGAUCGAUUGUUGCUGAAUUAUAUCCAACAAGGUGACUAUCUUCUUAAUGCAGAAUCAUUGCCAAGAAAUUACCCGCUUAAAAAUGUCAAUCAUCACCACUUUUCUUCGAAACGCAAAUUUUACAGUAAUUUUGUUUCAUAUCAUCAAUCAUCUAAUUCAUUACUGUCAAAGAGUCGAGUAUGCAAAUUGUUCUGCAGAGGUGAAAGUCGCCUAACUCAUCUUGGUACUUUAGCCGAUUCGAUUUCACCUGAAACAGUUGAUCAUUUCAGUAAUUAUCUUAAAGAUCAUUAUGGUCUUAGUGUGAUUACACUGAAAGAUAUUGAUUCAUCGCUGUUGCACUUAAAUAUACACGUAUCAAUUCCAACGCAUAUUGUCAUCGUCGAUGAAAAAAUUGAUAUCCGAAAACAAUCACAUGUUGUACAUAUCGUCAUUUUCUAUGAUCGUGUUCAAGGUGAUAAUUGGUGGCAAGCACCGAUCAAAUUUAAUGAAAAUCAUGAACGAAUUCUCCAUCGACAAGGUCUUAAACGAACCGAAUUUCGCUUGCCAUAUUCAAGUGCCAUCUAUGACAAAACCGAAAUACUGCGGACAACUAUUGAUGGUUUGAAGAUUUUUCUUCCACAUCCGCCCAAAUCAUUCCUAACUCCUUCAAAUGAUAAGAGAUUCAUUGAAUGUGAUCGUCGACAAUCAAUUGAAUUCUACAAUGAAAAUCCCAAAGAUGAAACUCCUGAAGCAAACAAUUUUCGAACAAAAGCUCAAACAUUGCUGACAAAAGCUCGACAAUUAAUUGAACAUGAAUUAGGAUUGCCAUUUUGGUUGAGUUCAGGAACGUUACUCGGUUUUUAUCGCCAAUGUGAUUUCAUCGUUUACAGUGGUGAUGUCGACAUCGGCAUGUGGGCCGAUGAUUUUAAACCAGAAAUAGUUGAUCUAUUCUCCAUAAAUAAUAUUCCAUUAAUACAUUGGUUUGGUCGACCGAAUGAUUCACUUGAAUUAUCAUUUUUGAUGGAUGAUCUGAAAUUGGACAUUUUUUUCUUCUAUCGAGAACAAGAUCAUUAUUGGAAUGGUGGUACUCAAGCUAAAACUGGUCUCAAAUUUAAAUAUAAUUUUCCAAAAUUCACCCUUUGUUGGACCGAUUUCAUUGGUCUAUUGGUAAGAAUUCCUUGUGAAACAGAAUCAUAUAUCGAAGCUAAUUAUGGUAAACAACAAUGGCGAAUACCACGACGUGAUUGGGAUUGGAAAUCUAGUCCGCCUAACGUUCGACCUAAUGGUCAAUGGGAUCCAAGUGAAUGGUCUGAAACCAUAAGGCUGAUUCCGAUGCCCAAUGUAUAGUGCAAAAAAUUUCAAAAAUUUCCAUUUUUUUUUUUGUUGUAGAUCAUGCACAUAUAAUUUUUUAAAAAUCUAGUCACAA